AUGGCCCAGGAGAAGGCUGGGGGCCACCUGCUCACUCACGUCCCAGCCAUCUCCUUUGAGACCGACUCUACUGUGGAGUGCACCUCCAAGAGGACUCCGGAAGAGAGGGACCGGGUGAAGAGGGAAGGAAAGGAAGUUGUUGAGGAAGAACCUGUGGCCACACCCAAAGAGGAGGCCAAGAAGGGAAGGAAGGCAAAAAGUAAGAGGAGUGGCAAGAAGUCAAGGAAGCUGGGCACUGACAACGAUGCAGUCUCCAGGAAUAAACACCUGGAUAGAGGAUCUGUAAUUGAGCUCCUGGAGAAGAAAGCUGUUCAGGCUACAUUCGGCCCAGGCAACAAGGAUGAGAUGGAAUACUCCUACCCAAUCCUCAUCUCAUUCCUGCGCAAUCUUACUGAUGAGCAGUGGCAAGUGAUCUACAAAGGACUAAAAAACCCUAUGACGAAGGAACAGCUUGCCAAAUUGUGCAAGACAAUUGUAACCUUCAUCGCACAGACCACCCUGAAGAUCCUGCUGCCAGCCCUGGCCCGCGUACUUGGGGUAAAGGACUUUGCUGACGACGACACUGACUCACCCAAGAGGGGUGGCAGUGCAAGAUCCUUUGCUGCCUUUGAUCAGGAAAGACUGGAGCUCAUCCAGGAAGUUAGAUAUCUGGCGAAGAAAAUGUAUAAGGGCGGCACAGGGGCUCAACAUCUCAGGUCCCUAACACCCUCUUCUAAGAGGUAUGUUCCCCUCAAGGUUUUCAUGUAUGGAUUUCACCAAGAUCAUCUAUCCCAGUGUUAGCCAAUGCAAUUUACUCUAUCUGAUGUAGUA